GCGAACACCGGUAGUGAGUCCCGGGGAAACGUUUCAAGUAUCGACGGUUGUGUCGUCCUGUCCGGCUUCAGUAUCGGUAUCAUCUAUGUGCUCGUCACUCGGUUAGCUGUGAGUGGGAACCGGACUUUUUCUGUCCAUCACGGACGAUAAAACACGCCGGAGUGUUGUCAGUUUGUCAGCGGAAUUCUGGCGCUGAGGAACUUAUGCGUUCUGCGUGGCGAGUUAAAUUUGAUGCUAACAAAGAAGCUAGCUGCGGUCUGUCUGUCUGUCUGUCUGUCUGUCGGGCAGAGGAAGAACAAUUGCUAACGUCACCUAAGGUGUGAAGACCAGUGCAGUGGAGCGUGUUUGUAUGUGAAGUUAUUUUUAGUUUGCAGGUGUUGAAAGCUAGUCAGUUCUAACCUGCUCACUGGGCAUACAUAACAUCUUAAAUGUUGCAUUACUGUCAGCUUCAUGUGCUGCCAGGUCAAACCAACGACAUGUAGACGAUACAGUUGACUGUUAAGUCAUAGUGGCCGUUAGUGAGUGAUGUGAGUGGGGGUCAGCCCUUCAGCUGAACUGCUCAAACACGCCCACAGGUGUGUUCGUGGCCUGUGGACGUCAUUUUCCGUGGCUCCAAUCCAUUUGAACAAGUAUUACAACUUCACAACUGCACCAGCAGCACAUGCAUGCUUUUCCUGUUCGCUCACAGAGCUGUGCUGCCAAGUGUGAAUAGAGAAUCUUCAGGGUUUUUUUACACCCCCCAACAAGUGAGAAAAGCAUGACAGCUGUGGUAGGGAGAGCACUGGGCUGGGUGUGUUCAUGGGGGAGAGGUUCUCGGUCAAAGAAAAUUGAAGGGUUUGAAACUGAGGGCCACAAGCAAAGCUACAGCAGUCAAACCACCAGGGGGUGGACCUCUUGGCUCUGGGGAGGGUGGAGACGCCAGAAUGUCCAAAGUAGUCCGGAUGAGCAGUACUGGGAGGCCCAGGAGAGAGUUCAACCCCUGGAAGUUGAAGAGCUCUUUGCAGGGAAGCAAGACAGCGUGGCACAUACGGAACACGUUUCCAGAUGGUGGAAUAAAUAUCUCCCGACUGCUUACUUUUUGUGGCCUAGACAAACCGAUUCAAGCACACUAAGACAAAGGAAACACGAAGGCCUGAGUAGAGGUGCAUGGGAUGAUGUUGACGGGGACUUCAGAACACCACCUCCAUCUCCUGUCCCUCCUUCCUCUCCCCUGACAUCUCCUUUUCGACUCUUUGCGGACAGCUGGAAUGUGGAAAUCCUACCGGAGCACUAUGAGGUCUGCUUUAACUUCCUCCGCCAUUUGUUUGACCUGUUUGUUGUUGGCUUCCUGUGGACGGUGUCCCCUCCUACCAAGCUGAUCCUGGAGGUGUUAGGGGUCCAGGGAGCACUGCGGCUGUGGAUUCAUGGCAUGGCCAUGUUUUUUGUCUCCACGGUUGGGAUGGCAGGAUUACUCUGGGUGAUCCAGGAGUAUCUCCCUCAGUUUGCGCUCAUCUAUGGCAUCAUACAGGCAGUGGUGAUCUCUGUCAGUGUGCGACAGAGUGUGCUGAUGGAUGUGGAAGAAGAAAAUGUUGAAACAGAUGAGGGACAGGAGACCGAUGAAAUGAUUGAUAGCUUGGCGCUAAAAGAAAAUUCUGCUAUGGACAAGGUGAAGACAAGUUAAACUGAUGAUGCUGACAAGUUCACUGUCUGAUGAGCCGCACCAGAGCUGUGACCACACAGAGACUGACUCGACAUUGUUGUAUUGCACAUUGACUACAAACUCACAGAAGUUGUACUUAUGUCACUUUAUGUUCACCUCAAAUCUGCAAAGUUUGUCUAUAUGUGAUCAAUGUGUCACAUCCACAUGGACAAUUACAGCUAUACACAGUUUAGCAUUAGAGCGUAUACUGCUGUGAUAAUCAUAGUUAGACCUAAUGAGGUUGAUGAAUGUUGAAUGAAACAUUUGUUAAUCUUUAAAAAGAAAGACAAUAAUCCACAGUAUUAGGGGAAAAACUGCUUUUUAUCAUGUUUGCGUAUUACUGCGCUGACCGUUGCCUACCUUGUUUUGAAUAUGUGAUGCAUUCUGGGUGAAAAGAAUGAUCACAGCCUGUGUUUAGCAUCAUAACCAGGAGAGAAAAGCAAACCCUUACAAGUUUGUAAGGCAAGAAAUGUUCCCGUUCUCUUAAACCUUUAAUAUACCAUUGCGACACAAGUCACAAAACGAAUAACAAGCACAGAUUAAGACUUAAAAUACAACGUUCCUGCCUUUUCUGUAACACAGCACAUUUUUAAGAGGUGUUUGAUACAUGAAUCAGCUUAAUUUGUAGUGCAGUUAUUUAAUGCAUCUUUAAGUCAAUGGCUUUACAAAGAAGACAGCAAUGAUGGAAAUGACUGUUGUACACUCCAGCAAACAAGGGAAGUGCUCCCACUUAGACUGAGAUCUGAUAGUUUCUCCAUUUAAACUCCCAUGUUCACUUCCUGUGGCCUAAACUGAAGUUAAUCUGAAGUUUCCAUUAUAUCUAGCUCUGAAGCUUUAAGAUUUUGUGUUUGGCCACCACCUUUUGUUCUUUAAAGGUACAGUUACAUUCUCACCUGCCCUGCAAAUAUUCCUCGCAGCUUUUAGUUAACGUGAUGCGCGUAUGUCAGACUCAUUUAAGCAUGUACCUUUCGCUUUGCUUCCCGCUGUGCUUUUCUUAAAUCUCGACCUGUGAAUUGCUGCAGUUGCCUCUGCCAGGAACUCUUGACACUAAUUCUCGCAUUGUGUCAUCACAUAGUUAUGCGCAAAUGUGGACUGCCUCUGAUACUCGUGCUACUUGGUAUUUAUGUAGGAACUGCAUCCAACUUGUGACAACACGUUCCUCUCCUCGUCUGUUUUUUGUUUUUGUUCUUUAGUUGUUGAAUGGAGACGCUGAUGUGAACAGAUCUUAAUGCGAACAAAUUCAAAUCUGGAAUUGGCAUCUAAAACACCUUUUUAUCUUGUUUCUCUGAAACCCUUUUCAUGUCCUGAUAGCCAUUGGUAAAUAACGUUGUCGUUGAGACCUUUACAGUGGCUGCUUGUGUAUCUGUUGCUAGGUGACUCCGAUGUGACGAUGUAGUCACUGUCAACAAGGCCGUCUGUUGCUUCCUUUUCACUGCAAACUUUUCCAGGCUCCAAAAAAGACUUGUCUCGUAAAAUCAACACCUGCUUUGGUCUAUGAUAUCUCAAGACUAUGUUUAUCUCACCAAGCCUUUUCCGACUGGAAACUUAAGUCUGUAAUCUGGUCACUCUCCAUAGAGAGAAUUUUUAGCGCACAGAAACACAGGAGCUGCCAAUCUGCUUCUGGUGCAGAAUCAACAACUGAGGUGCCGUGAUUGUAAGAUUGCUGAUUUUCUCAGUGGACUUUGGUGUAGGGAGAGUGAAAGUGUCCCAAACUUGUGAGAAAAUGUUUUCUUAACUGCAAGAAAAAGUGUUAAAUAUGUUCUUAAGGUGUCCUAGACUCUUGCUGGGAAAAGACAGCAAAACAUCUGGAGUCUGUUGUGGCAACAAAACUGAAAUAACAACUCGGUUUAUUGAUGCUAUCUGGACAUGAAGAGGAUUUUUAACAAAUGAGAAGAAAGCGUUUUUAGAAACAAAUGACACACUCGGUCGAGCAUUAAGAGAUGAGAAGAGAAAGCUGCAACCGCCACUCCUGAGCUGCAGAUUCACACAUCUGCCGCACACGGCGAUACUAAAGUUAAGCCAUAAAAUCUCCUUUAACGCAGCGUUAAAACCUCACAAUUUGAGCGUUUGGAAUAAAAUGUGUGCCUUUUGGAAUGGAACGACUAAAAAGGAUCGAACAGUUCACUGGAGGAAGAAAGUGUCGGCAGCGCUCGGGUGUGUUGGGUUUGCUCUUUGUUCCACAAUGUUCAUUUCACAGGACUUAGAGUGACACUCCCGUGUGCCCUGUGGAGAAAGACAAAAAAGCACAUGAUCACAUCACACUAAAGUUCCUCUAAACACGUAACGUCUCCCACACAUGACACUUUAUAUCGUCGUAGGAGCGACGACACUAACCCGUGUAGAGAUUUUAAUGCAAUACCAGCAGCACAUGUUCCAUGUGUUCAUUUCUAUUAAACACUUGUAUGAAUUAGC